GUCUCUUUCUCCCCCCAUCUGCCAAACAUUCGCUAACCUUCCUCAUCUCUCUCAUGUCUCCUCCCAUGGUUUACUGCUACGUUCCCAAACCGGAGUUCCUCCUCCAACGCGCCAUAGACAAGAAUCUUGCUAAAUUCACUCCUGGUGAGCCUGGAGACGCCUUGGAGGAGGCGAUGGCUAGAGAGGAAGCCGUCUAUGACAUCCUAAAGGAAGUCGGUCUUGAGGACAUCGGUGGAAUGGAAUUCGUGAAGGUCGAAGAACGUUGCUACAUGACGAUAGCUCUGGGCCACAAUUAUAGUGUUGAUGGCGUGAAGGUUACCCGUGACGGUAUUGAACGUAUCAAGAAGGUCCUUGAAACAACUUACGAUCCAAUCUGGCUGCCAAUCGACCUGAGUUGAGACCUCGAAUCACUACUUGUAAUACUUCAUACUCAUUGUCGGUUUUGGUGGGGGAUGUCUCGAACAUUGUAAUCCGUCUGUAUUGCGCAGGCUAAGAGUAUGCUGAUUUCGAUUGGGUUUCUCACUUACCACUUCACUUUAGCCCUAAUGCUUAACUAUUCUGAGACUUCUCUGUAUCAGCAUCAUUUUGUUUCUUGUUUGAUUCUGUAUUGAAGAAUUGUUUCACUAUUGAUGCUGCAUUGAGGACGUC